AUGAGCCAGCCCAAUGAGGAUGAAGAGCUUCAUGGGAAUGAGGAUCUCUUGGUAGCUUCUCAGGAGAAAGGUCUGCCUGAGACACCAUCCAUGAAAAAGCCAGCCACAGCAAAGCCAAAAGCAAAGGGAAAGGCUAAAGGAAAGCCUAAGGGCAAGGCCAAGGCAAAGGCCAAAUCUGCUUCAAACAAGGGCAAGAACAAGAAGGUAAAGGAUGGCGAUGGUGACAAACCAACCUUGAAGCGACCAGCACUGGACAAGGAGGAAGAGACAAGUGAUGAGCAGCCUGAGGAAGAAGAGAUGGAGCAUGACCCAUGUGAUACCGACUUUGCCAUGGACCAGGGUGAGGAACCUGAAGCCAACAAGAAGGACAGGAGCAAGGACGCCAAGUUCAAAAGGUUACUUGCGCAACACCAACUUCCAAGUUGGUUGGAGGAGGCUUACAAUGCCACACUCACCAUGAAGUCAGGCAGGACAGAGAAACAAAGGGAGAUAGUGAAUGCUGCCUUUGACAGCUCUGGAGGCAAGCUGGUCCUGAGCACUGAGAAGCCCUUGUUUAAGGAGAUGAAAGAGACAUACAAGGAGAGCGUGUCCUCACACAAACAAAAGACCCUACCAAAGGUCUUGCUGAUGGGCAAAUUCCACUUGGAUGAAAGCGCCUUUCAAGCCGGUUUGAUGUCAGGAGACAUCGAGGAGGUGGAGGGAAAGGAUGGCAAGGUGAGCUAUGCCUGGAGGUCAGAUGAGCACCAAGAGCUGAGAGGCAAGAGGAGCAAUACCCAGCAGCAGCAAGAGAAGGAAGGCGCAAAGGCAGAUGCAGAGCUGUUUGCCAACAUGAGCAAGGACUGGAAGAUAGGCCUCUUCAAGCCUAGCACCACCUCGAGUUCUUCCAAGGGCACCCACCUUGCCUUGGAGGAUACCAAGAAGGGACUCACAAGCAAGCAAUGGGGCCAAGCGCAAAAGCAGCUGAGCAUGGCCAUGAGUGCCAUGGACAAGCAGUUGUCCAAUGUCAAGAAGCUGUUGCAAACAGUGGGUGUUGACAACCGAGAAGACCCACUGUGGCCCCAACUGAGAAUCAUCAGUGGGGCCCAUUGCCAUGCAGUUGCCAAAGCUGCCAAAGCAGACCUUGAUGCUGCAGCUGAAGGCUUUCAUUUUCCAACUCUCAACAGUUUGGCAAACCUGCAGCAUGGCAAAAACUUACAACAGGCAGUCUUCAAUGCGCUGAAGAAGGAGGCCAAUCUGCCCCAGCUCCAAGAGGUGGACAUCCCCCUGAAGGGGCAGCCCACACUGUGUGCCUCUGCCUCAGUUAUGUUGCCCCAUGAGCUUUUUGCUGCUCUACAUGAGAAUCCAAAUGGUUGGGCUAAGUCGAUCCUGCCUGACACAAACAAGCUAGAAGCUUUUUGGUCAGCCUUCCAGGGCCACCCCUGUAUGGCACAACAUCCUCUUCACAAGAGGAAGGGCUACAAAACCAAGUGCAUCCCACUGGCACUUCAUGGUGAUGAGGUGCCAGUGACAGGGAUUGGCAAAAUCUGGUGCAGGUCAGCCUUGAUCCUUUCCUGGAAUUCUCUUAUGGCCACUGCAGGAGGUGCAUCUUUGGAGGACACCAACCUCUACAUCUUCGGUUUGUUUGAGAAGUUCAUUUUGCCAGACCAGGCUGCUAAGCUCUACACACAGGGGCUGCAGAUGGCCCAGCUCCAUGGGCAGUUGAUGGAUUUCUAUGCAGGUGAAGAGACCAUGCAGAGGGUCCAGAAACUUUGGAAAAGUUGCUUGGCUGGCUCCAAGCAUUGGCAAGUUUCCAAGAAGGCAGCCUUGAAAGAAAGGCAUUUGCUUUUUCUUAG